CCUUGAAUAGCACAGUAUCAACCAAACGAAGCCAUUUCACUGCUGAAUCGGAUCAACUAUAUAAGCAGGUGGUACCACUCUCUGAGCUUGUUCCUGCACAGCCCUCUCAAAUCGCAGGCAGAAGAUCCAUUCGUCUUCAGCUACCUAUAACCAUCGCCGAUGGCUUUGAUCUUAGCUCGCAAGUCCCUCUCCGCUCUUCGCGCUCGUCACCUCGCUGUGUCGGGACAAGCAUUGCAGGGUUCGCAUCAUUAUGGGUUGCGAUUCAGUGCGCACCCUUACUCCCAUCAUCCCACCAAUAAAGAUGACGAAGAGAGGGAGCAACUUGCCAAAGAGAUAUCGAAAGACUGGAGUUCUGUUUUUGACAGAAGCAUAAACAUGCUAUUUCUCACUGAAAUGGUUCGGGGUUUGAUGCUGACACUCAAAUACUUUUUUGAGCCAAAAGUUACUAUCAAUUAUCCAUUUGAGAAGGGCCCUCUAAGCCCUCGUUUUCGUGGUGAGCAUGCCCUGCGACGAUAUCCCACUGGAGAGGAACGAUGCAUUGCUUGCAAACUCUGUGAAGCUAUAUGCCCUGCACAAGCUAUCACAAUUGAGGCAGAGGAAAGAGAAGAUGGAAGUCGCAGGACAACUAGGUACGAUAUUGACAUGACCAAGUGUAUCUACUGUGGAUUUUGCCAAGAGGCUUGUCCUGUUGAUGCCAUCGUCGAAGGACCUAACUUCGAAUUUGCAACUGAGACUCACGAGGAGCUUCUGUAUGACAAAGAGAAGCUGCUUGAGAAUGGGGAUCGUUGGGAGACUGAGAUUGCGGAGAACCUCAGAUCUGAAAGCCUUUACCGCUGAUUCUCGCCCUGUAUUUUCAACCUGGUUGAUACCCGGUUUUUCAACCGUUUUUCGAGGAUUAAAAAUAAAAAGAUUUGUGCAUGAAUCUCUGCAUAGACUUGUAAUUCUACAUUUUGUGAUUACGUAGCUAUCUCAUCAAAUUUGCUUUGGUCGCUACAUUUGUUUAUUUUCUGUAGUAAAAUUUUGCCAAUUGGAAAUAAUUUCUAUUUUUAUA